AUGGAGCUGGAUGCAAAGAUAAAGAAAUUCACUGCAAACAAUGAGGGCGAUAAGCUGGCGGAGGUCAUCAGUGCGGCCGAGAAGACUCCGUUCACCCGAGAACUGGAACUUACACCGUUCCCCCCCAAGUGCACGCUCCCAUCAUUCCCUUCAAGGUUUGAUGGAACGGGAGAUGCCAUCGAACACAUCAAAAUGUACACCAUGUCGCUGCUUCAAUGGAAAGGUAACGAUGUGGUGAUGUGCAAAUUUUUUCCGGCGAGUCUCGACGGCGAGGCGAACAAUUGGUUUUACGCGCUUCCAGCAUGGACGAUCGGCACGUACGAUGCCUUGACCAAGGCUUUUCUCGAGAACUACAUGCAUAAAAGCAAGGCUCGGCCCACCAUCAACCGACUUUUCAGCCUUGUCCGAAGGUUCAGGGAACCGUUAAGAUCACUGACGGGUCGUUGGAGAAACUUGUGCACCGAGAUCGGGAAAGUUCCGGUUGAUCAACAAAUAUUCGGGUUUGAAAACGCCCUAGGAAAAACGGAUCCGAUCUGGAUCUCCAUGUUUACAGAAAAACCGCAAACUUUGAAAGAAAUGAGAAGAAUGCAAGCGAAUUGUAUCGCCCUAGAAGAAAUACAAGAAGAAUCUCGAGACCGAGGAGUGCUAGAGGCAAGUGCAACAAUUCCCACGACCGAGGGUGAGCCCUCAAGGCGAUCCGAGAAAAGACCAGGGCCACUGCCACGAGGAAUCGGGAAUGGAGGAGGGAUGGUCCGAGGAAAGAGGCCUCGACGCGAAGCAAAAGCAUACACACCCCUGAACGCGCCCCUCGAGGAGAUCUUCAAAGAAGUAGAGAAGAGAAACGACAUCAUCUAUCCCAGCUCGAGAGGGAUACAAUUCGAGGGAACCAAGGAUCACCCCGGGUACUGUCACUAUCACCAAUAUCGGGGCCAUUCCACUAACGACUGCCGAGAAGUGAAGGAUAUUGUGCAACAUCUCAUCCGAGACGGGUACUUAAGGAAGUUUGUCCGACAUGUCCCACCGGUACCAACCCUGCAGGACGCCCCGGUCCAUCAGGUACGAAUUGAUAAGUCCACCCGAUUUGUCUGCAACACCAUCUCACACUCUGCUCUGCAAGGGUAUGACUUGAUCACAUGGAUCGCCUCAAGAAUCCACAAAAGAGAUCAUAAUAGAAGAGAAAUCUUUAGUGUGGCCAAGACCUUGCCGAUGGAACCAUGGAUGCUGCAAUCCAUAUCAUUUUCCGCCAAAGACGUCCCGAUGAAUGGUCAGGCCCAUGGAGACCCCUUGGUCAUCACCAUACUGAUAGAGGAGUGGGGGGUGAAGAGAAUACUGGUGGAUAGCGGAAGCUCGGUCGAAGUACUUUUCUAUGACACCUUCAAGAGGAUGGAUUUGUCGGACGAUAUCCCCAUCCCAUCGACGUACCGCAUCUACGGUUUCAAUGGGGCAAUCACCGUCCCAAAGGGAGAGGCAGCUCUAAAGGUCUCAGAUGGGGAAGGUUACCUUGAUACACUUACCACGUUCUGCGUGGUCGAUGUCGCCUCACCCUAUGAAGCGAUUAUCGGAAGACCAUGGUUAGCAGGGAUCAAUGUGGUGGCGUCGGCUUAUCACCGAAGGUUAAUAUUCCCAACCUACAAAGGAGUGGUGGAAAUUGUCGGGGACCCCCAUGCCGCCCGACAAUGCAUGAAGAUUGAUAUCCAUCAAAAUGAAGAGAGGCGGGCACGAAUAAGAAAAGAGAAGAACAAGGCCAAGGAGGCCGAGGCAGCGCUAGAAUUGGAACAAGUGAUAUCCAAAGAGAUCAUGGGAUACGAGGCCCUCGAGGGCGAAACUUUAUAG